AUGUACAUUUCUGAUUCUGAUUCUGUGUCAUCCUCAGGUUCCAGAGUUCACUCGCAGGAGUCGCCCCCCCGCAUCGUGCACCACCCCUCUGACGUGGUGGUGAAGGUGGGUUACCCCGCCACGCUGUCCUGCAGGGUGGAUGGAAGCCCCCCGCCCUCAAUCCAGUGGCUGAGGAACGGCCAGCCUCUGGACCUGUCUCCGGGGGAGGAAGGGCUACAGCCCAUCGUGCUGUUGGAGGGGAGCCUGUUCUUCCUCAGCGUGGGAGGGGGGGGCCGGCGGGCUCAGUCUCAUGAGGGGAUCUACACCUGCGUGGCCAGGAGCAGCGCUGGGGAGGCCCUCAGCCGCAAUGCAUCGCUGUACAUCGCAGGUCAGAUGUGUUCCGAUGAACUGAACAAGGCUGUCUGGCCCAGUGGGGCUUGUUGAGGGCUAAACAGUUUUCCGCCCAUUUGGAGUAGAUUAAGAAUGUCAUUAUGCAGAAUGUAUUGUAGUCCGUAGUGACUUCAGUGUCAUGGUCUCAGACCCUGCGGCCUCAGAUA